UGUGCAUCCAUAUAUCAUUUGCAUACGAUCUAAAAUCUUAGACGCCACAUCAUUUUCAUAGCCCAAGGUUUGCUUUCGUACAUCGUGGACCAUGUUAAACUGCUUGUACGCCACUCUUAUUGCGCUCAUCAUAUACCAUGAGGCGGAUGCAGGAAAGCUUACUCGUCAAUGUAUAGCCUCUCAAGGUAGAUGCGCCCAAACAAAAGAUUCCACUUGUGAGAGUAGUUUUGGUUCAGGAUGGAAAGAGACAGGCAAAUGCUGUAACAGAAAGCCGUGUUGCGUAUCUCAGUGUAUUCCAAUCGACAGUCUAAAAAAUGGAUCUGUAACAGUAACAGGAAGAAAUGAUGGAUUAACGGCACAUUUUGCAUGUGAUGCAGGAUUUGUACUUGUUGGAAACGAAUCUCUCUCAUGUAAAUCAUCAGUAUGGCAUUGGGAUAUUCUACAAUGUGUGAUAAGGGAUUGUCCUACCACGGUGGCCUACUUUCGUGGGUAUAAGUACACGUUCCGUUGUUCAACCGUUUCGCAAUAUGUUGCGAAGGGUAGUUGCAGGUCUAACGGUGGACAUUUGACCAGUAUUGAAAGUGAAGACGAAAACAAUUUUAUAUUAGUUGUAGCUACACUAAUAAAAGAUCUGCCCAAUGCCAGAGAAAGACUGCAAUACUGGAUUGGCCUAGCAUAUGAUGACAAUGACCAGUCAUAUAAGUGGGAGUCUGGUGUACCUUUUAACUACAGUGAUUGGUCACAAGAUCUACCAAAUCCACCGCAACCUGAUAAACUAGAUGCCAGUGGUAGACCAGGCCACGACGUUAAGUGUGUUGUGCUAGACCAGAGCUAUUCUAAUAAAUGGCAUGACGAUAAGUGUUCAUUUUGGAGGAGAUAUAUCUGCAAAACUAAAUUGACCUGAUUAUUGCCAGUUUGUGAGAGCGAUUUGAAUUUUCUGAGGGAGACAUGCUAUCUAAUAACUUAGGAGCCAAACAUGGAAUAUAUUGCAUUUCUAAUAAAAUAUUG